CACGACAAUUCAUUGAAAAUUUCAACAAAUUUUCGUCAAUCCAAGGCUGCUCUGCUGCUCUGCCGUUGCUUCACACACUCGAUUGUGUCGACCAGUUUCCAUCUGACCAUCAUCAACAAGAGACGCGUUGUUUGCUCGCCUGCACUCCCUCCAUCGCUCACUCUUACAGAACCAAAGUUCAGCUUGACUGAAACACACACAGGCACACACAUCACACACACGGCAUCAGCAGCGAUGGCGUUUGAGUUUGGUGGAAUGCCGCAGUUUGAGGCGGCAACCUGUGCUCACCGCAGCACAUCAAAGGCGCUUGUCAAGCACAACGCUGGCGCAGACGUGGAUGAGGACGAGCAACAGUUCACGGGACCUGUGCCCAUGUUCUCCCUCCCUCGCACAGACAACCCCUCUGAGUUUUUGCACCAGUACUCGGAUGCCAACCCAGACAGCAAGGUGAAGAUCCAGUUUGCCCACGGCACCACCACGCUUGGCUUCAAGUUCCAGCAUGGCGUCAUCAUCGCUGUCGACUCCCGCGCCUCUGCGGGCUCCUACAUCGCCUCACAGACUGUGAAGAAGGUGAUUGAGAUCAACCCAUACCUGCUUGGCACCAUGGCUGGUGGUGCCGCAGACUGCUCCUACUGGGAGCGCGUCCUUGCCAAGGAGUGCAGGCUGUUUGAGCUGCGCAAUGGGGAGCGCAUCUCUGUUGCCGCCGCCUCCAAGAUCCUGGCCAACAUCGUCUACCACUACCGCGGCAUGGGCCUCUCCAUGGGCACGAUGAUCUGCGGGUGGGACAAGAAGGGCCCUGGUCUCUUCUACGUCGACAGCGACGGCACGCGUCUCACCAACAACCUCUUCUCCGUCGGUUCGGGCUCAACCUACGCCUAUGGCGUUCUCGACGCGGGGUACCGCUGGGACCUGAGCGUUGAGGAGGCGCAUGAGCUUGCACGCCGCGCCAUCUACCAUGCCACGUUCAGGGACGCAUACUCUGGCGGCCACAUCAACCUGUACCACAUGAAGGAGACGGGAUGGGAGCGCAUCCUGAACAUGCAGGAUGUCGGCCCGCUGCACUACGAGUACGAGGCAAUGAAGGAGCAGUCCAUGGCCACCACCGCAGACUAAACCAUCAUCCAAGUCACGACGAAUCAUCAUCAUCACCACCACCACCAACACGACAGUCAUCGUCACGACCAGGAGCAGAAGCAACGGCAGACCACUUUGCCGCUGUUGUCGCUUUGUGCUGUUGUGGGUGCAUGGUGGCUCCUCUUUGUUGUGUGCUUCACGUUGGGUGAUUGUGUUGUGUUGUUGGAUGUUUUGUGUUUCAGUGUUGUUGGUGCAUGUAUCAGUCCAACCCUGUUUGAUUGAUGAUUGCGUUUGUUGUUCUCGCCUGUGGGCGUGCAGCAGUUCAUGCGUGGAAAGUAUACAAAACAUCUCCCAAACUGGAGAAACGGGGCA